GUGAUCCUCGAGUUGGGACCAACCUAUUGGAAGGUUUGGAUUUGGUAUGAACUUAUUAGGUUGGGAGAUAUUUACUAGUUGAACUGUAACUUGAGGUCAAAUAGGUAGGACUCAGAAACAUUUCUUUUAUAUAUAACUCUAGCCUGACAACGUGAUUCACGACAGAUCUGAUACACCAUAUAAAAUUCCGGGGCGGGAAGAAACCAUAUAUGCCAUAGAUGUGGAAGGAAAGGCAACAUAACAAGGCUGGUGAGAUCUAUCUUCUUUUUCUUUGAAGAGAAUGGCAAUUUACUCAUCCACACAAUCUACUUCACCAGAACAUGCCGAGAUCAGGGUUUAUGGUUGCCAUAUCAAUGAGCCAUUACUCAAUACCGAAGAGACCAAGGGGGGAGGGUGCGUGGAUUCCCCAAAAAACCAACCGCAAGGCACCACCUUCCCCAGGACUUUGCUCAAUGGCCUCAAUGCCUUAUCAGGUGUUGGAAUACUAUCAAUUCCAUAUGCACUAUCAGAAGGAGGAUGGUUGAGCUUGAUACCUUUUCUACUUGUAGCAAUAAUAUGUUGUUACACUGGAUUACUCUUGCGAAGAUGUAUAGAUGCAGACGCACGUAUCGAAACCUACCCCGACAUUGGCAAGCAUGCGUUCGGGUCCAAGGGAAAAAUAACAAUCGCACUAUUCAUGUAUCUCGAAUUGUACUUGGUAGCAAUUGAGUUCCUGAUAUUGGAAGGUGAUAACUUGGAAAAGUUAUUUCCCAACACAGAUUUUGAGAUCAUGGGGUUGAAAAUUGGAGGGAAACAAGGGUUUGUUCUAUUAACUGCCCUUGUAAUUUUACCUACAAUGUGGUUAAGGAGUUUGGGCUUACUUGCUUAUGUCUCUGCUGGAGGGGUGUUGGCUUCUAUCACUUUGGUGGCUUCUGUUUUUUGGACCGGUGCAGUUGAUGGUGUUGGAUUUCAUGGAAGAGGAGCCUUUUUUAAUUUGAGUGGACUUCCUACUGGUAUUAGCGUAUAUGCCUUCUGUUAUUGUGGGCAUGCAGUUUUUCCCACCAUAUACACUUCUAUGAAAGAUAGGAGUCAGUUUUCUAAGAUGUUGAUCCUUUGCUUUGCCAUCUGCACUUUCAAUUACGGAACAAUGGCGAUUUUAGGCUACCUAAUGUAUGGUGAGGAUGUGAAGUCUCAAGUGACAUUAAAUCUCCCGGUUGGAAAGAUUGGCUCAAAGAUUGCAAUAUACACCACAUUGAUCAACCCCUUCACUAAAUAUGCACUGAUGGUUACGCCGAUCGCGGGGGCCAUCGAAGAUCAGUUGCAUAUCAACAACAAAAGAACUAAUAGCCUCCUCAUUAGGACUUUAUUGGUGACAAGUACUGUAAUUGUGGCCUUGACAGUUCCGCUCUUUGCAUAUCUUAUGGCAUUUAUUGGGUCAUUCUUGAGUAGCAUGGUUUCCAUGGUAUUACCAUGUAUUUGUUACCUUAAGAUUUCCAAAGCUUCUCGGAGUCAGACAGAGUUUAUGAUUAUUGUGGGGAUUUUAGUAAUUGGGGUUUUUGUUGCAAUCACGGGUACUUAUUAUUCUCUAAGACAAAUUGUAGAACAUUUGUAAGUGAGAAUUUUGGUAUAUUUUUCCAUAUUUAUCAUUUCUGGAACUUAUUUGCAGGUUUCAUAGGAUGCUAAAUGCAUUUCUAAUUUCUUCUUCACAUAUAUUC